AUGUUUCUAAGUGGUCGCUGUUGCGCCCUCUGGAAAUGGUCCACUUUUUCGGACUACGGAUUCGUCAUCCAACAGAAAGCAGACACCUUUUUCAUCUUGCUCAUUGAAAAAGACUCACCUGCAGCCUUUGGGCGCCUCCUUCGCGGAGAUAUUAUCCUUGCUGUGAAUGAAAGCCACAUCUAUAAUGAGGUCGCUGCUUGGAUAGCUGCAGACAAAGAGAAGGUCGAGUUGUUAGUGUGUCAGCCCGUGGAGAAGGAAUAUUUUGACAAAUUCAAAAUCAUCCUUGGAUCGACCUCAUCAUACCUUAAGUUCUUCGUUGCUCCCGCGUAUAAGGCUAGUGAGUCCAUUUUAAAAUAA